CCCUCCCCUGACACCCAGAGCCACGAUGGCAGAGCUGCAGGCGUCUGAGAUGCCGGGGGACUCCACUCUGUGCAGUGGGCGCUUCACCAUCAGCACACUGUUGGGGGGCGAGGAGCCCCCGCCACCGGCUGCCUAUGACAGCAGCCACCCUAGCCACCUGACCCACGGCAGCACCUUAUACAUGCGAACCUUUGGCUAUAACACCAUUGACGUGGUGCCAGCCUACGAGCACUAUGCCAACAGCGCCCUGCCCGGUGAGCCCCGAAAGGUCCGGCCCACGCUGGCUGACCUGCACUCCUUCCUUAAGCAGGAAGGCAGCCACCUGCACGCCCUGGCCUUUGACGGCCGGCCCAGCCACGAGAUGACGGAUGGGCUCGUGGAGGACGAGGCAGGCGCCAACGUGGAGAAGAGCCCCGGGGAGCCCGUGCGCUUUGGCUGGGUCAAGGGCGUGAUGAUCCGGUGUAUGCUCAACAUCUGGGGUGUGAUCCUCUACCUGCGGCUCCCGUGGAUCACGGCCCAGGCAGGCAUCGUCCUGACCUGGAUCAUCAUCCUGCUCUCGGUCACCGUGACCUCCAUCACCGGCCUCUCCAUCUCGGCCAUCUCCACCAACGGCAAGGUCAAGUCAGGUGGCACCUACUUCCUCAUCUCCCGGAGUCUGGGCCCAGAGUUAGGGGGCUCCAUCGGCCUCAUUUUCGCCUUCGCCAACGCCGUGGGUGUGGCCAUGCACACGGUGGGCUUCGCGGAGACUGUGCGGGACCUGCUCCAGGAGUACGGCUCGCCCAUCGUGGACCCCACCAACGACAUCCGAAUCAUCGGCGUGGUCACCGUCACCGUGCUGCUGGCCAUCUCCCUGGCCGGCAUGGAGUGGGAGUCCAAGGCCCAGGUGCUCUUCUUCCUGGUCAUCAUGGUCUCUUUCGCCAACUAUUUGGUGGGGACCCUGAUCCCCCCGUCUGACGACAAGGCCUCCAAAGGCUUCUUCAGCUACCGGGGGGACAUUUUUGUCCAGAACCUGGUGCCUGACUGGCGGGGCCCCGACGGAAGCUUCUUCGGGAUGUUCUCCAUCUUCUUCCCCUCGGCCACCGGCAUCCUGGCGGGCGCCAACAUCUCCGGGGACCUCAGGGACCCUGCUGUAGCCAUCCCGAAGGGGACACUCAUGGCCAUCUUCUGGACCACCAUCUCCUACCUGGCCAUCUCGGCCACCAUCGGCUCUUGCGUGGUUCGAGACGCCUCCGGGGACCUGAACAACACCCUGACCCCCGGCCUGGGCGCCUGCGAGGGGCUGGCCUGUGGCUACGGCUGGAACUUCACCGAGUGCUCCCAGCAGCGCAGCUGCCACUACGGCCUCAUCAACUACUACCAGACCAUGAGCAUGGUGUCGGGCUUCGCACCCCUGAUCACGGCUGGCAUCUUCGGGGCCACCCUCUCCUCUGCCCUGGCCUGCCUCGUCUCUGCUGCCAAAGUCUUCCAGUGCCUGUGUGAGGACCAGCUGUACCCUCUGAUCGGCUUCUUCGGCAAGGGCUACGGCAAGAACAAGGAGCCGGUGCGCGGCUACCUGCUGGCCUACGCCAUCGCAGUGGCCUUCAUCAUCAUCGCGGAGCUCAACACCAUCGCCCCUAUCAUCUCCAACUUCUUCCUGUGCUCCUACGCCCUCAUCAACUUCAGCUGCUUCCACGCCUCCACCACCAACUCACCCGGGUGGAGGCCCUCGUUCCGCUACUACAGCAAGUGGGCCGCGCUGUUUGGGGCGGUCAUCUCUGUGGUCAUCAUGUUCCUGCUGACCUGGUGGGCGGCCCUCAUCGCCAUCGGCGUUGUCCUCUUCCUCCUGCUCUACGUCAUCUAUAAGAAGCCAGAGGUGAACUGGGGCUCCUCUGUGCAGGCCGGCUCCUACAACCUGGCCCUCAGCUACUCUGUGGGCCUCAACGAGGUGGAGGAGCACAUCAAGAACUACCGCCCCCAGUGCCUAGUGCUCACGGGGCCCCCCAACUUCCGCCCGGCCCUGGUGGACUUCGUGGGCACCUUCACUCGGAACCUCAGCCUGAUGAUCUGCGGCCAUGUGCUCAUCGGACCCCGCAAACAGAGGAUGCCGGAGCUCCGGGCCAUCGCCAACGGGCACACCAAGUGGCUGAACAAGAGGAAGAUCAAGGCCUUCUACUCGGAUGUCAUCGCCGAGGACCUCCGCGGCGGGGUCCAGAUUCUCAUGCAGGCCGCAGGUCUCGGGCGGAUGAAGCCCAACAUUCUGGUGGUCGGCUUCAAGAGGAACUGGCAGUCGGCCCACCCGGCCACGGUGGAGGACUACAUCGGCAUCCUGCACGACGCCUUUGAUUUCAACUAUGGCGUGUGCGUCAUGAGGAUGCGUGAGGGGCUCAACGUCUCGGAGGUGAUGCAGGCACACAUUAACCCCAUGUUUGACCCCGCGGAGGACGGCAAGGACGCCAGCAGGGCCCGGCCAUCGGUCUCUGGCACACUGGACCCCGAGGCCCUGGUGCGGGAGGAGCAGGCCAGUACCAUCUUCCAGUCGGAGCAGGGCAAGAAGACCAUCGACAUCUACUGGCUCUUCGACGACGGAGGCCUCACCCUCCUCAUCCCCUACCUGCUUGGCCGCAAGAAGCGAUGGAGCAAAUGCAGGAUCCGGGUGUUUGUGGGCGGCCAGAUCAACAGGAUGGACCAGGAGAGGAAGGCGAUCGUGUCCCUGCUGAGCAAGUUCCGCCUGGGAUUCCACGAAGUGCACGUCCUUCCCGACAUCAACCAGAAGCCGCGGGCUGAGCACACCAAGCGCUUUGAGGACAUGAUUGCGCCCUUCCGCCUGAACGAUGGCUUCAAGGAUGAGGCCACCGUCGCGGAGCUGAGGCGGGACUGCCCCUGGAAGAUCUCAGACGAGGAGAUUAACAAGAACAGGGUCAAGUCCCUGCGGCAGGUGAGGCUGAAUGAGAUCCUGCUGGAUUACUCCCGAGACGCCGCUCUGGUCGUCGUCACCCUGCCCAUAGGCAGGAAGGGGAAGUGCCCAAGCUCGCUGUACAUGGCCUGGCUGGAGACGCUGUCCCAGGACCUCAGGCCUCCCGUCAUCCUGAUCCGAGGAAACCAGGAGAACGUGCUCACCUUCUACUGCCAGUGACGCCGAGCACAGCCAGGCCUGCCUGCGGCCGAGGAUCCGUGGGACAGCCACCCCUCCACGGGGAAGAGACCUGGGUGCCGUCACAUGCUAACUGGUAGCUUCUGACGGCCCGACUGAAGAAGCCGGUAGAUUUCCAAGCUUUGGCUGGACGCCCCCUCCCGUCGGACGUGUCCUCUGGGCUGGAGAAGCAGCAUUGGAGGCUGGGUGGAAGUUUUUCCGGUGGAUCCAUAGCCCUUUUAAGUUCUUUUGAUUUUGAGUACAGCAAAUGAAGAUUUCAGUCUGUGAUUUAUAGACACGUUUGAGUCAGAGCGCUGGGUGUGCCUCUUGGCCGUUUCUCCAAACAUCUCCUGGGAGUUCUCCCUGACGGUGCCUGCCCCCACCCAAGGCCGGUGCCCCACAUACACACACCUGCAGCCCCUACAGGAGGGUCGAAGGGCCCUUGGAACCUCCGUGAUAACGCAGAUUUCUUUAACCACCUCUCAGCCCCUUCACUUUCAGUAACAAUGUGUCUUCAGUGUUUUGGCUGCUUCUCUGGUAGUCCAGGGUCUUCCAAACUUUGGGGGGCUGCAACCCGCAGUAAGGAAUAUAUUUUACAUUGAGAUAUGGAGGAAGCACACGCUGAAAUGACAGUGCCCCCAAACAAUACUCACCCUUCCUAUGGGGGGGGCACUCUGAUAUUCGCUGUUCUGAUUCUUUUUCUCUUUGGAACGUCGGUUGCAGCCCACUAAAAUGAGUUUGAAACCGACCAAUGGGUGGCGGCCCGUGGUGUGCAAAAGAUGUGAGAAAGGUCUUGAUGGGCCUGACUAACAUCGCCCUCCCCUCCCCACCCCCAGCGAGGAAAGGAGGGGAACUCACAAACAGCACUCCGGAGGGUUAUUGCCAGUGAUGAGGAAAUGUCAGUGAAUGUCAAGAAAGGGCUUCCAAGGAGGGGCAAGACUUAGGGAGUGUUAGGGAGGGUGUUUGGUUUCAGGUUUGGCUGGGGGUGGGUGGGGUGGAGGGUUGGUGAGGGGUGCGGGCAUGGCGAAGGUCAGGAAUGGAGAAGCAGAGCCCUGGGCGUGUGUAAAGAUGGCAAAAGUGAGUGACAGGUCGGAGAGACGCACACCCAGCCCAAGGCCGUGGGAAAGGACAAGGGAGGAGGAGCCCCGGGUAAAAGACAGAGCAAGUGGUGGUGCGGGUGGUCUUAGGAUGGGGGUCAGAGUUGAGAACCUGGGGACGAUGGACCUGGGGUCUGUGCAAGGGUAUUUGGGUUCCUGAGGACUGAGCACCCCCAGAACGCUUGUAGCAGCCGGGUGUGGAUGCAAGAGCAGGCCGAACGUUAGGAGAUGCCCGAUGCUGGUGGGUGGGGCUCCCUGGAAGGGCGUUUCAGAUCUAGGUGCAUGCACACAGCGUAAAGCCAGCCGUUGGUGGACUCGGUGGCCUGGGUCUUUUCCAGUAGCACGGGGGUACGGGGGAAGGAGCGAGGCAUCUUUGGGACUUGUGGACGCCCUCUGAGCCCACUGAAGCACCCACUUAGCCAUGAAGGCAAAAAUCUCUUUCUUAGGGUUUGGACCCAAAGUGUGAGCAGCCAGGGGCCUGGCCCUGAGUGGGUCUGCCCGGGGCCAGCUGUCAUGUGUGGGUUCUUGACUUUGCGUAAGAAAGAUUUCACAACAUGCGUCCAAGCGACUGUGAGGGUACAUUUGUUGAAGCUGCAGACAGUGAAACAAGGAAGGCCUAGCAUAGAAGAAGCCCCAGGAGAGGCCAGGCUGGGCUGCCUUAGCUCACUGGGAAGUCAGAGAGAAAAGGUGGCCUCGGGGACAGGUUCAGGGGAGUAGCCAGGGACACGCUGCCAGCUGCCCAGUGCCUGAGAGUUUAGGAGACGCCUGCCUGUGUUGAAAGAAGUGGAGGGUAAAGAAGGGAAUGGCACCGGCUGCUCCCCAGAGGAAGGGUGUGUGUGCUGGGGCCUUUGUGUUGAGGCUUUUAUAUCUUGCCGGCAGGAAUCUCAGGGGAGGUCUCAGCAGAGUGUCCAUCAGUUCUCCAGGUGCGCCCUUUCAGAGCCACGGUCUCCUCUGAUUGGUCAGUACUGGGGGCGGGGUGGGAGGGCGUUAUCACUGCAGCUGGUCCACGUGUCGUCCACCUGGUUUUGCUGCUUUUCUGGGCUUGGAGCUGAAGUACAGGUGAGGCCUAGAUGUCAGGUCUAGGGAGGUGGAUGACCUUCUGUAUCUGGCUGUACUUUGCGAGGCCAUUGCAUUCAGCUGUCUGAUUCCGUUACCCUAUUCUACUCGCCAAGACACGUUCCUCGCUUCUCACUAUCCUGUCUCAAAAGGACAGAGCAUUUCAUGUCACUGCAGAGAGCAGAGGCUCUGGGGCCCCAGGCCUUUUGCUCAUCGGGAAUCCCUGCUGUGCUGACUGUGGACGGCUCCUCUCCUUCCCGGGGGACCUGGGGACCUCAGAAGGGCGCUCGCCUUGGAGCCAUCCAGUGGACCUGGGACCGACACCCCUGCCCCCCAGCUCCACCAAAGGGGAAGCCUUGGUCAGGGAGUACUCGCCUUUCUAGAGCCUCGUGGGAAACCAGGUCCUGGCAGAGGGGGGCUCCCGCGCCAGACCUCAGGAGACCCUGCUCCAGGGCCAGAAAAUGCGUUGUCUCCCGGCACUUCAAGCAAAAAAACAAAAUUUCACCGUGUUGGAAAACUGAGUUUUUAAUGAUGGUAAUAGCUUUGGGGGGUGAAAAAAAUAGCCUUGAGUUAGCAGAGAGGUCAAAACAAUAAAAUGAAUAAAAAUACAUUCUGUGAGGCAA